UGCAUGUGUAUUCAGUAGAUUCGACAAAGACCUAACGGCGCUCUCUUGUGCGCUCAAUAUAAUUACGCGUUAGUAUAAAUAGAAUUCGAUACGAUUUUUCAUUUCCUCUGUCCAAAUAUGUGUACAUCAGUUGAUUUUAGUGUGAGUAGUGUUAUCAUUUGUUGUUGUCGGCGUCCGUUGCUGAGUGAGUGUUGCAACUUGCGCGUGAGUAUUUUGCGAUACACACGUUUCAAUCCAAGUGUGUUACGGUGUGUGCCAGUAGAUGUGUAGCGACGACUACUACGAAAAAAAAAAAUAGAAAGAGAUAGACACUUCAAUUUUUUCUCUACACCGUGCACACCCCAGCGUCUCUUGUCCGAUCACUUGCUUUAGUCGUCGCGUUACGUUUCUCUCGACGAGAGUUUUUGCUUUUCGCAGGCAAUUACAACCGCCGAACGGUUUUCCCUGAUAUAAUUCUGUUUUGGUGGUUAUGCCUCGGUAUUCGCAUGACAACCGUCGAGCAAUCAACUAGUUUGUUACCAUUUAUCCAGAAAUAUGCACCAUCAUAGAAGUUAUUAGACACUUUUGUGUUCAAUCAAAUCUUUUGCUAUUAUGUGUAUUGAAGUUCCAAGAAGAUAAUUCGUGCACAUUUUUUUAAAAAUAUUUUUAUCGCAGCAAACUCUGACCAAAGUGAUCAUUUGUUUUUGUUAUCUCUCUCUCAAUGCAGUUAGAUUGAAGUGUGUGCUUAUUAUUUCAAUAACCUUUGGGCUGCAUGAUUUAUUAUCAAAUAACUUAAUCAAAGUGUCUGUAAAAUCAAUUUGAUACAAUUUAACGUUGAUUGCAUGAGGUUAGACCACACACAGAGUACGCGACGACAGAGAGCAAACGCCGAUUUAGGGAAUUACACGGCGACACACAUUUGGUCAUGACAUUGAUGUAAAAUUAGCCAAACUAUACUCUAUUUCUACUCUACAUUUUUCGUUGCGAACAACACACAACAAGUGAUUCAUCAACGAUGGCCGAACAGCAGUUACUAUCGCAACAAAAUAGCGAACCAAAUGGAUGCAUUGUUGCUGCUGUAACCGGUACAGCUAAUCAACCGAAUCACAAUGCUAUUUGUACUAAAUUAAAAAAUUGCUCCAACGGCGACGUCAACGGCACUAAUUUGAUUAAUCUAAAAAAUGGUAGCACAAAAAUUAUUGCUGAUUUAAAUAUCAGCGAGACGCCGUCAUGUGAACCGCCGCCUGAUGGUGGCGCACGUGCUUGGUGCGUUAUGAUCAGUGCAUUCUUUUGUAACUCCAUCAUAUUCGGCAUUGUCAAUACGUAUGGCACCGUUUACAUAAAAGUAUUUGAGUAUUUAGUCGAAACUGGGGAUCCGGAGGCGGCCAGCAAAGCAUCUUUGGUCGGUUCAUUGACGAUUGGAACAACGUUCCUCCUAUCGCCGGUUUCAGGAAUUUUAACCGAUAAGAUUGGACUUAAAACCACCACAUUCAUUGGGGGCGUACUUAUGACCGUCGGAAUGAUACUUUCAUCACAGCUGUAUCACAACAUUUAUUUGCUGUAUUUAACGUACGGAGUUAUGUUUGGACUUGGCGCUGCACUAGCAUACACUCCAACCAUCGCAAUUUUGGGACACUAUUUUAAGCGCUAUUUGGGACUAGUCAGUGGUUUUGUUACAUCUGGAUCGAGUAUUUUCACCAUAAUUUUACCAAAAGUAUUACAAUGGUUGCUCGACAAUUAUGGAUUGCAGACAACAUGUAUUGUUCUUGGGACAAGUACAAUUGUUGUCAUUCUAUGUUCUUUAGUUUAUAAGCCCAGACUUUUGCCACCACCGCCGCCAAAACGUAAGCCCGGCCAAUCAUCGAUGAGUACCGCAAAAAUGCAUUUGAAAUCACUUGUUCAUGUCGACAAUUUUAAGCGUAAGCGAUACAUUGUUUGGGCCCUAUCAAUGCCAAUCGCACUUCUUGGAUACUUCGUCCCGUACGUUCAUGUGCCGAACUACGUUGAAAAGACAUUUCCAGAUAGUGAUAAAAAUUUGCCAAUUAUGUGUAUUGGCCUAACAUCUGGUUUGGGGCGAUUGUUCUUCGGUUACAUUGCCGAUUAUAAAUGCGUCAAUCGCAUUUUCUUACAGCAAAUGUCGUUCAUAUUAAUGGGCUUGUUCACCAUCGCCAUUCCGUUCGUCGAUUCGUUCAAUUUGGUUCUGGUGAUUGCACUUGGUAUGGGUGUUGUCGACGGUUGCUUCAUCUCUGUAUUGGGACCUGUUGCCUAUGAUUUGUGUGGUGCUAAGGGAGCGACUCAGGCGAUUGGAUUUUUGCUUGGUUUGUGUUCGAUACCGAUUACUGCAGGCGCACCAAUUGCCGGCUUCUUGUACGACGAAACCAAAUCAUAUCGCACAUCAUUCAUUGUGGCCGGCAUUCCAGCAUUGAUCGGUGCUUCAUUAAUGACAUUCAUUCACUUCAUACGCGACGAACGACGGGCCGAAGUAUGUGAUAAACAAGCCGAAGAUCAAAUCCACAAGCUACUUAAUAAACCAGCAUGGACCGAAGAUAUUGCAAUCGAUAUUAAAGAGAAAAACUGCAACACUUAUACAUUCCAAAAAAUGUUGAACGGUCAACCGAAAGCGGUGCUUACACCCGAAACUACAGGUAUCCAUUCACCGCUACUAUAUGGCUUAAAUUUUUCUGAAUUUUUGACGGAAGAAGCUUAUAUGUCAAACGACUCACUGCCAAUGCCACCUAAACGUAGAUACACCUAUAGUGUAUUUUAAUUUAUUUAUUUUUUCGGUGUUUAUGUGUAUUAAAGAUUUGCUUGAUGUCAUUCAUAAUGCCAUUUUAUCUAUAUAGCAUUUUAGCUUUGUUGUAGAUCCCAUUAGCUGAUUGAUAGGAAUUUGUUCAUUAUCUACUUUUAUUCGAUCGAUUGAGAAUUAAAUUUCUUUGUAAAUAUUGAUACACUAAAAAAGUGUAUUAGGUUUUGUGCUCUAGUCUUUAACAACUGAUAAAUCGACGGGCAAUUUUGGUCGAUAUUUUGCUUUUUGCUAUGGUUAUUACCAUUUUUAUGCUUAAUGAUUUAAAUUUUUUAAAUUUUGAUUUUAUUUAUUUUCAAAUUUUAACGGGAAAUGAUUUGAAUGUAUUUGUUUGUAUUUUUAAACAUUAUAAGAUGUACAUAGCUUAUCUCAAAGACAACAUUUAUUUGGACGGCACGUUAGCUGUACUAUGAUUCCAAUAUUUCGAAGAAUUUAAUGCACUUUGCACUUUUCGCUAACCUUUACACCUAAGCAAUUGUGAACGAUUAGUAAAUUUUACCUGUGUAUGCAGUGGCUGAUGGUUUGAGUUUUCGAGGAAAUACAUUUGCAUUUGCCUAAUUGCUUGCUGUAAAUAUUGAACCCAAACACACAACUAAACGAAUAGCAAAACCCUAAUGUAGAACAAAAAUAACAUGAAAAUGAAAUAUAUACUUCACAAAGGUGAUGGAAAAAAACCAGAGAUGUGCUAAGGAAUGAAACGAUUUCAGCAAAGAAAACUAACGAUACAUUUUCAAAUGAUCCAUUAUUUUACACUGUAAAAUUCAACCUGGAAAUUCGUUUGAAUUUCGAUAUGAAUGAAAUCCAUGAACUUCUUGAAUCGUAAAGAGAACAUUGUGAUUGAUUAAUCAAAACAUCAACAUUCUUCAUUAUCACAUCUCUGCGAUAUGAUACAGUAGCAAAAUCCCAUAUUAUACCAUUAUAAUUGUAUGUAGUCUUGCAAAUAUUCUUAAUUUAUUCGUAGUUUUAUGAUAAAACCAAUUUCAAAGAGGAAGUAUUUUUACAAAUUGGGUGUUAGUUGGUUUUAUACUUUAUGGCUAUUUCAAUUAUAUGUUUUUGUUUUCCAAAUUCCUAAAAUUGUGUUCAUAAAUUAUAUCUUUGGGUAUUUCAAUUGUCAUUUCAGAAUUCCAAAUCGAUGGCCAAGACACCAAGCUUUAAAAAGAGUCAUGUGAUUCGAUGAAACGAUUUGUUUUUUGCAUCGCAGCAACCACCUUAAAUUGUUUUUUGUUGUUGUUGUUUCUAUUACAUAAAAAGUUAUGGAAGAAGAAGAAGAAAUUAUAUCGAGAAAGGAUUACUCAUUUUCGCCUUUAAGUGUUAAGUGUCUCGUGAAAUUUGUUUAUACGGAAACUUAUUUUUUUUUUCUAUUUUUUAAAUUUAGUCAAAUUUACAAAUGGCGAAACGAGCGAUUCGAUGUAUUGUUUAAACAGAUGUGUCUUAUUUUCUAGUUAGGUAAAUUAAAUGUUAUUGUAUACGAAUUUGUCUUGGACAUUGCCUAAAAUUUACACACACACAUUUAUAUUUAAAUGUAUUGGUCUAAUCAAUCACAGCGUGAAACGAGUACGAUAUUUAGAUACGUAUUUUACCAUAUAUUAGUUUAAGAAGAAAAUUGCUAUAUUCGAUAUUUACACGUCAAUUAUUAUCAUUAUAUUCAUCAAAUAAACGAGAAAACAACUGCAAACUCA